GGAGGGGCCCGGCCGACUGUGAGGCCCUCCCAGCUCCGAGGUUCCAGAUUCUAGAACUCCGCUCACCCGCUCUGUCUUCCCGACGCAGACGGGCCUGUGUGCGCCUCCCAUGAGCAGAGACGUCCCCGAGCUGUUCCUUGCGGGUGGAGACGUCGCGCCUCAAGGCCACACUCACCGCCACCUGUCUGUGGGGGAGCCCGGAGCGCAGCUGGAGGAGGAGGAGCAGCAGGGGACAAGGAAGGAGGGGGAUGGCUCCCACGCUGUGCCGCUCCGACGCUCAGGGGCCUUCCGUGCCCACAGCCACAGCUACAACCCCCUCAAAAGACAUAGCUGGGGGCCAGACAGGAACCUCCAGGACCCACUGAGCAGGAACAAACUGCAGGGAUCAGGAUGCACGGACCCCGAAGAACCCGCCUUUCUGCCGAGCCCAGAGGAACAGGAUGCCUUCCAGGAUCUGCAGCACCAAGGUGGCCGGCCCUCCCUCGCGGACCAGAGCUGGUGCCAUCCGUCUGCCGGCCCUUUGGACCCCUCGGCCCCUGGCAUGCUGCCCAAGUCUGCGUCCAUGAGUGGCAUCAAUUGCUGCUCUGAUCCGGCUGGGAACUUAUUACACCAGUUCUCUACCGACCUCAGCCGAAGCUGUAGCCAACUGGAAGGGGGCUCAGGUACCUCGGCGGGCUCCCCCCUGCGCCGGACCCUCAGUUUCCUCCUGGGCAUGACCGGAAAGGCCAAGACCCGGGAGAAGGAGAAGAUGAAGGAAGCCAAGGACGCCCGCUAUACCAACGGGCACCUCUUCACCACCAUCUCCGUGUCAGGCAUGACCAUGUGCUAUGCCUGCAACAAGAGCAUCACGGCCAAGGAGGCCCUCAUCUGCCCAACCUGCAAUGUGACUAUCCACAACCGCUGUAAAGACACCCUCGCCAACUGUACCAAGGUCAAGCAGAAGCAACAGAAAGCUGCCCUGCUGAAGAGCAGCACAGCCCUGCAGUCUGUUUCACUUCGCAGUAAGACCGGCCCCCGGGAGCGGCCGAGCUCCGCCAUCUACCCCUCCGACAGCUUCCGGCAGUCUCUGCUCGGCUCUCGCCGCGGCCGCUCCUCCCUGUCUUUAGCCAAGAGCGUCUCCACCACCAACAUCGCUGGACACUUCAGUGACGAGUCCCCCCUGGGGCUGCGCCGAAUCCUGUCCCAGUCCACAGACUCUCUCAACAUGCGGAACCGAACCCUGUCCGUGGAGUCCCUCAUUGACGAAGGUGGAGAGGUGAUCUACAGCGAGCUGAUGAGUGAUUUUGAGACGGACGAGAGGGACUUUGCGGCCGACUCCUGGAGCCUAGCCGUGGACAGCAGCUUCCUGCAGCAGCAGAAGAAGGAGGUGAUGAAGCAGCAGGAUGUCAUCUAUGAGCUCAUCCAGACGGAGCUGCACCACGUGCGGACGCUGAAGAUCAUGACGCGCCUCUUCCGCACGGGGAUGCUGGAGGAGCUGCAGCUGGAGCCGGGCGUGGUCCAGGGCCUGUUUCCCUGCGCGGACGAGCUCACGGACAUCCACACGCGCUUCCUCGGCCAGCUGUUGGAGCGUCGGCGCCAAGCCCUGUGUCCCGGCAGCACCAGGAACUUUGUCAUCCCCCGCCUGGGCGACCUCCUCAUCCACCAGUUCUCAGGACCCAGCGCAGAGCAGAUGCGGAAGACCUACUCCGAGUUCUGCAGCCGCCACACCAAGGCCUUAAAGCUCUAUAAGGAGCUGUAUGCCCGGGACAAACGCUUCCAGCAGUUCAUUCGGAAGGUGACCCGCUCGGCCGUGCUCAAGCGGCAUGGGGUGCAAGAAUGCAUCCUGCUGGUGACCCAGCGCAUCACCAAGUACCCGGUGCUCAUCAACCGCAUCCUCCAGCACUCCCACGGGACCGAGGAGGAGCGCCGGGACCUGACCACGGCCCUGGGGCUGGUGAAGGAGCUGCUAUCCAACGUGGACCAGGAUGUGCAUGAGCUGGAGAAGGGAGCCCGCCUGCAGGAGAUCUACCACCGCAUGGACCCCCGCGCCCAGACCCCCGUGCCUGGCAAGGGCCCGUUUGGCCGAGAGGAGCUUCUGCGGCGCAGGCUCAUCCAUGACGGCUGCUUGCUCUGGAAGACGGCGACGGGCCGCUUUAAAGACGUGCUGAUGCUGCUGAUGACAGACGUGCUGGUGUUUCUCCAGGAGAAGGACCAGAAGUACAUCUUCCCUGCCCUGGACAAGCCCUCAGUGGUGUCGCUGCAGAACCUAAUCGUGCGGGACAUCGCCAACCAGGAGAAGGGGAUGUUUCUGAUCAGCGCAGGUCCCCCCGAGAUGUACGAGGUCCACACGGCAUCCCGGGACGACCGGAGCACCUGGAUCCGAGUCAUCCAGCAGAGCGUGCGCGUAUGCCCAUCCAGGGAGGACUUCCCGCUGAUUGAGACAGAGGAUGAGGCCUACCUGCGCCGAAUCAAGAUGGAGCUGCAACAGAAGGACCGGGCGCUGGUGGAGCUGCUGCAGGAGAAGGUCGGGCUGUUUGCCGAGAUGACCCAUUUCCAGGUGGAAGACGAUGGUGGCGGGGUGACCCUGCCCACCCUGCCCAGGGGCCUUUUCCGCUCCGAGUCCCUGGAGUGCCCUCGCGGCGAGCGGCUGCUGCAGGAUGCCAUCCGUGAGGUGGAAGGCCUGAAGGACCUCCUGGUGGGGCCCGGCGUGGAGCUGCUCCUCACAGCCCGGGAACCAGCCUUGCCCGCCGACCCGGACGGCGGGGGUAGCACGAGUCCUGGGGUCACCGCCAAUGGUGAGGCUAGAACCUUCAAUGGCUCCAUUGAGCUCUGCAGAGCAGACUCCGACUCCAGCCAGAAGGAUCGGAAUGGAAAUCAGCUGAGGGCUCCCCAGGAGUCACCUUCUGGGCAGCCUGGCCGUCCUGAAGCUUGGGCUCUGUCCCCCCCUCUCCUCUGUCUUCAGGAAGCCUUACAGCGAUUGGUCAAUCUCUACGGCCUCCUGCAUGGCCUCCAGGCGGCCGUGGCCCAGCAGGACACCCUGAUGGAGGCCCGCUUCCCCGAGGGCCCCGAGCGGCGGGAGAAGCUGACCCGAGCCAACUCCCGGGACGGGGAGCUGGGCCGCCCCGGGCCGGGCCCCGCCGCCCCCGACAAGCAGGCCACCGAGCUGGCGCUGCUGCAGCGGCAGCACGCCCUGCUGCAGGAGGAGCUGCGGCGCUGCCGGCGGCUGGGCGAGGAGCGCGCCACCGAGGCGGGCAACCUGGAGGCCCGGCUCCGCGAGAGCGAGCAGGCGCGGGCCCUGCUGGAGCGCGAGGCCGAGGAGGCGCGCCGGCAGCUGGCCGCCCUGGGCCACAGCGAGCCCCCUCCGGCCGAGGCCCCCUGGGCCCGCAGGCCCCUGGACCCGCGGCGCCGCAGCCUCCCGGCGGGUGACGCCCUCUACCUGAGCUUCACGCCCCCCCAGCCCAGCCGAGGCCACGACCGCCUGGAUUUGUCUGUGACCAUUCGCUCUGUCCAUCGACCCUUUGAGGACCGAGAGAGGCAUGAGCUGGGCAGCCCCGAGGAGCGGCUGCAGGACAGCAGUGACCCCGACACGGGCAGUGAGGAGGAAGGGGGCAGCCGCCUGUCCCCGCCCCACAGUCCACGAGACUUCACCCGAAUGCAGGACAUCCCGGAAGAGACGGAGAGUCGCGACGGGGAGCCUGUGACUUCAGAGAGCUAAGGGGGCCCCUCCCCCGCCCUGUGCCCCCAGGAAGAACACACGAGGGUGGCAAACUCUGGGGACUGCAGUCCGCCAGUGACGAGGGCACGCCGGAACUGCUGAGUGUCCUUGCCAGCUCCCGGGCUCCUGGGACCCCUGCUGCCAGGCAGGAAGCUGGAGGAACUGGGCCACAGUGCCCCCUGGUGGCAUCCAGACGCUACACCACAGAUGCCAGUUUUUCAUGCCUUCUGCCCUCUACUUUAGGAAAAUUUAUUUAUUUAUUGUUUAUUAGUGACGCAGGGAGUGGGGAGAUUUAGAGCACCAGGGACACGGGAACCAAGCCAUAGGGAUCAGGGGGCCUUGUCCUGUAACACUACUGGGGUUUAUUCAGGCUUAACCAUGCAGCUGCUGGGUUCUAACCCUGACCCCCCUCCCGGGCAACACCGGCAGAGGAGAGGCUGCACCCAGGACCCUGCUGACCCCCUAGAAGGGCUGCGGGCAGGGCCACGCCCCUCCCCCCCAGCCUCCUACUGCAGCCCUCCCGCCGGCCUCUGCGGGGACCCCGGGGAGACAGCCUGGCUCCCCUGAGCGGACGGAGUUGGGGCUGAGGUGGCCCUGACGGCUUUCUUGGGGGGUGAGGGGAACACCCAUGGGACCAGAAUGUUUUUUUGUUGUCGUUGUUUUCUUUUUUGUACCAAAGCCAACUGCACGUGUUUUGUAUUUUUAAGAGAUGAUUUUAGGCGAUUAGAAAUCACAGCCUUCUGUCUCCGCGUAUCAGAGGAGCUUGAGGGGUGGGGGGACCACUUCCACAUCUGCAGUAAUGGGGGACCUAGUCUGACCUCUUCUCCAUCCAUUUGGGAAAAACGUUCUAGGGUGAGUUGGGAAAUCUCCACGAAGCCUGACCUCAUCCCCAUCUCAGUGACCAUGACUGAAACCUCAGUGUGAAUUUUGGGGAUUUUUCAACGAACCCCCAGUGCCCACCAGCCCCGUUUUCUGCCUAUUUGAUUGUUUAAAAAAAAAAAAAAGAUAAAGCAGGGAAAAUUAAAGACCCGGAACCCCACGA